AAAUAAGUAAAAGAAAGAAAUUUGUAUGGAAAAAAUAUAAAUUUUCUUUCUUGAAAAUGUGUCAUAUAAAACAACAUUAUAUAAAAAAAAGUAACAUUAGUGCAUUAUAUAUCUUAAGUAACAUUAGUGCAUCUAGUUCACUUCCUCUCUCUAGCAUGUCGUGGCGACGAGGAAGGCAGAGGAAGAAGUUAACUCCGAACACCACACCUUCUGGCGUUUCGAGUGAAAAGGCACAAGAAACUGGUAAGAGGAAAGAAGGCAAAGUUCCUGGGAAAGAGAUAUCCUCCUCGCAGCCCAAUCUGGAGGCGAUGAAAGAUCCGACCCAGGAUACACCGGAAGGGUCCACCCCUCCCACUUACGCUGAAAUUGCAGCUGGAAAUGCAAAUAUAGAGACCUCACUUCAGUUAAUCCCAACGAUUGAGCAAUGGAAGCCUGGGCUAAAGAUCAAUACUGAGGAUUUAACUGACAUCCCAAUAUGGGUUCAGUUCACUAACUUAGAUGUGAAGUAUUGGAGCCUCUCUGGAUUAAGCAAACUGGGUAGCCUCAUUGGUAAACUAAUUAAGAGAGAUAAAGCUACAACAAAGAUCUCUAAAUUUGCAUAUGCCAGAAUCUUGGUUGAAGUUAAGGUGCAUCAGAAUUUUCCCCAAGAGAUUGCGUUCCUAGAUGAAGCAGGUAUUGCUGUGUCCCAGAGGGUUGAAUAUGAGUGGAAACUUGAUGAUUUAAAGGAUUUUUGUGUGACUUUUGUGUAUGGUCAGAAUGAGGCAGCCAAGAGAUGUGCCCUGUGGAAUGACAUAGAGAAUAUUGCAGCUUCAUGUGACCUCCCAUGGUGCAUAAUUGGAGAUUUCAAUAGUGUUUUGGAUAUGAAUGACAGAAUUGGUGGCAGCCCAGUUUCUUGGGAUGAAACUAGAGAUUUCAAACAAUGUAUUCAAAAGUGUGGUUUAGAAGAAAUUCCCAGUGAGGACUCCAGGUAUACAUGGUCCAACAGACAAGGGCUAGGCAAAAGAAUUUAUUCAAAGAUUGAUAGGACUUUAGCAAAUGUUGAGUGGUUUCUUAUGUUUGACACAAAACUCAGUAUUCAAGAGGAAGGAUUGUCUGACCAUACUCCACUAAUCCUUAAGGACUGCACUGUUAGAAGAGGGAACUACUCAUUUAAAUUUUGUGAUAUGUGGAUGCUUGAUCCCCAAUUCUCAGAGAUUGUUGAAAGCAUCUGGAAUCUUAAAGUUGUGGGGAGAUACAGCUAUCAGUUAAUUUCAAAACUCAAAUCACUAAAGCCUCUUCUUAGAGGUUUGAAUAAGAACAAAUUCUCUCAGAUUCACCAACAAUGUAACCUGUUGAGGGAGCAACUUUUCCAGGUUCAAGAGGAAAUCAAGAAGAAUCUAAGAAAAGAGAAACUUAUCAUCAAGGAGCUGGAAAUAACCAAAGAUCUAAACUGGAAAUUGAAGGCAGCUAGAUUAAUGAAGUCCCAACGGGUUAAACCUGAAUGGAUCCAUGAAGGGGAUGCCAACUCUAAACUCUUCUUUGCCUGGGUUAAAAAGAGAAGAUUAAUGAACCAUAUCAGCUUUAUCAAAAAUUCCAGAGGACAAAUGGUGGAAGGGAAAAAUGAGAUUGCCAAAGUUUUAAUAGAUCAUUUCCAAAAUCUGCUGGGGAAAACAGAUAGCACAGAGGAUAUCAAUGAGAAUAUUAUUGCUGAAGGUAAGGUCCUCUUUAUAGAACAACAACUUCAACUGAUAGCUCCUGUCACUAUAGAAGAGAUCAAGAAACAAAUGUUUGACAUUCCUAAUAGCAAGAGCCCCGGCCCAGAUGGUUUUAGUAGUGGUUUUUUCAAACAACAAUGGAAAGUUGUGUGUGAUCUAGUCUCUAAAACAGUUCUGGAGUUCUUUAAAAACGGGCACACCCUCCAACAGAUCAACCAUACAAAUUUAUGCCUUAUUCCUAAGGUCAACAGUCCUGAGAAGUCCAGUGAUUUCAGACCCAUAGCAUGCUACAAUGUCAUUUAUAAGGUAUCUGGGGGCCCUCGUAUUGGUGAAAAGGAAUGUGACCUGCUAGUGGAGAAGCUAACAACAAAGAUUUCCUCUUGGGUUACAAAACACCUUUCUUAUGCAGGGAGAGUGAGAUUAAUCAACUCAGUUUUGUAUGGAGUUGUGUUCUUCUGUAGCAGAAUUUUUCUCUUGCCAAACAAGGUGAUGAAGAAGAUAAUGGCCCUAUGCAGGAACUUCCUAUGGAGCUCCACUCCUGACUAUAAGAAAUGCCCUCUAAUCAGCUGGGAUGAUGUUUGUCUACCUAAACAGGAGGGUGGUUUGGGAUUGAAAAACCUAUUACUGUGGAACCAAGCUUGUACUAUGAAACUCAUGUGGGAUGUGGCUAAGAAGAAGGACUCUUUAUGGGUCAAAUGGGUUCACGGCAGAUAUCUUAAACACUGUACCAUUUAGGAGUACACAUCCAAGCCGGAUGACUGUUUUUAUUGGAAAAAGCUGAUCAAGAAUGGUAAGCUUUUCAGAGGCAUGAACAUCAUGAAUGAAUACAAUGUAAAGGA